UCAAUCAGAGUUUACUGGUGUAACGUCACGCAACGUAUUUAAUAUUCAUGAGACAAGCGCGGAGGCUGUUUAAAGUUAAAUAAACGCCGCGGCGCGACUCGUGUUGCACACAGUGUGCAGCGGCGCUGAGGGACAGGCGACGAAACGAAAAGAGACGAACAGAACCGAACCUGCGCGACAACAAGACUCUUCUAGAGAAUGACGUCCAUUUGUCCAAGAUGCGAUAAGACUGUGUUUUUUGCUGAGAAAGUGAGUUCUCUGGGGAAAAACUGGCACCGUUUCUGUCUGAAAUGUGAACGAUGUAGUAAGAUUCUGUCUCCUGGAGGCCAUGCGGAGCAUGAUGGAUUGCCUUACUGUCAUAAACCCUGCUAUGGAACACUCUUUGGACCAAAAGGUGUAAAUAUUGGAGGGGCGGGGUCUUACAUAUACGACACACCUCCUCAGACACCAGUCAACAAAUCAUGUAACAGCCCUUCAGACGGUUCGCCCACCACACCUUGGACCAGCUCACAGAUCAGCUUUAAUCAACCUAAAGCUGAGAAGGUGAUGUCACUGGGUCGCAACUGGCACAGGCCUUGUCUUCGCUGUGUGAGGUGCAAGAAAACACUGACCCCUGGUGGCCAUGCAGAGCAUGAGGGCACUAAAGCAAAUGAGAUAAAUGCAGUGAAUAAAAAGUUUCAAAAGCUAUGUCUUAACCCAGACUAG